UUGACAAAUAAAAUUUGAAAACGUUUUUGAUAAAUAAAAAUACCAAGGAAAAGCAGAAGCUGUUCACGACUUAUGCUUCAUCCUGUAUACAAUAUUCCUGUAUAUUAGUCGGCAAUACAGUCGAGAAAUAGGAGAUGGCGUUAUCGAGGGGAGUUCGUUCGGGUUGUGGGGUUAUUGUGGGCUGCUGCAAUUCGGGUGCGACAGUUUAACCGGAGCCAUGGUAAGGCUGACGCUCUCAAAAUUCUUUUAUUUCGCAUUUUUGGAUAUACGUUUUUCUUUUCAUUACAUUGACUCAAAAUAGUUUCAAAUUUAAAUUAUGUAUCAUUAAACUCGAGUAUAAAUGGUUCAUGUUUCAAUGAAUGUUCAAAUUGAUAAGACCACAGUGGUUCGUAUAACUCUAGAAAACUGUGUCUAUAAAAAUGGAAAAGAGUUCCUGGAGUCAUCAGCUCAGUGUGACUGCCUUAUUAGAAAGUCCCGAUGGCUCGAAACAUCCUCUCGAUGUUUACGAGUUUGCCGAAGAUGACAAGUACAAAGAUGGAGACUUUGAGAAUCAAUUCGAAAGCCCUCAAACUGCUGCUAGACUCUGGGAAUGUCUGAACGGAUGCAGGUAUCGUCUCGAACAGCAACUUGCACGGCAUCAAGUCGAACAAGGUUUGAAGUUGUAUCGAGCCCACAAACAGCAAGCUGCAGUUACCAAAUGGCGUGGUGCUUUAAAAAGUUUACGACACUUUGAUGACAAGUUCACACUGCUUGGUUAUUUAUACCAAGCUUAUAUAGAUUGGGGCAAAUACAGGGACAGCAUUUACUUCGCUAAUCGCCAGCUGAAUAUUGCGGAAGAGCUGGACUCUCCGAACAUGAGGGCUGAAGCCUACUUGAAUUUAGCCCGAUCUCAUGAACGACUGGGAGCACUUGAACGAGCUCUGGCUUAUGCAAGGCACAGUCUUUAUAAUGAAUGCGAUCAAUGUUCCACAUCGGGACUUGUGCAUUUAACUGUAGGUAGAGUUCACAUGGAGCUCGCUGGUUUUUGCAAAGCUUUGGAAGCUUUCCAGCGGGCACAUAAAAUUGCUCAUUCAAUUCAGGAUCCAUCGUUGGAGUUGCAAGUUUACGUCAGUUUAUCAGAAUUAUUUUGUCGUCUCCAAGAUGCAGAAAAAAGUGCAAGAUACGCAGCAAGAGCAUACGAUCUCUCUCGAAGUUUGCAGCUUGGUGAUUUAAACUCCAGGCAUCACCGAGCUGCUUUAUUACAAAUGGCAGCUGCACUCAGAAAAAAAGGAGAACUGGGCGAUGCACUUGAUUAUUGUUCGGAAGCAACAAGAUUGUCGUUGGUUUCUGGAGAUCAGGCAAGCUAUGCUAGAAGCAUUAGAAUCAUGGGUGAUAUUUACAGAAAAAAAUCUGAAAAAAAUAAAGCUUUCCGACAGUAUGAAAGCGCGAUGGGUUCAGCAGCAGCCACAGGAGAUAGAAUGUGCCAGAUGGAAGCAAUGGAUGGAGCAGCAAGAUGUCUCGAGAAACUUCGGCUUCAAAAUAAAAUAUGCAAUUGCAAACCACUAGAGUUCAACACGCGACUGCUCGAAGUUGCCAACUGUGUUGGUGCCAAGCUCUUGGUUCGAAUUGUGAGAAGCAGAUUAUCACGAAUCUAUGGAUCAUUAGGAGACGAAGAACAAAAAUCUCAUCAUGAAAAAAUAGCUAUUGCAACAGAAGAAGAUCUAGAGCUUACAUGUGGAGCUUGUAACAUGAGUUUUGGAUUGGAAUCAGACUCCUUAGAAGCUCUUCCCUGCUCACAUAUUCUACAUGCUCGGUGUGCGAACGAUAUUUUGAAGAGACGAGAUAAAAAGAAAAAACGUAUUUGCCCUGACUGUCAUAAGUCAGUUAGCUCAAGGCUGUAUCUUCAUUAUGAAGAUCAACAGGACUUGAAUCACAGUUCUUUAAGUCUUUCUUCACUUUCAAUUCGUGCAAGCAGUUUGGUCACUCUAGAAGAUUGUCAUGCAACAAGUAGUGUUUGAGAAACAUAUUCCAGAAUAUCAGUGAACUUGUAAAAUUGAUAGUAAUAAAUUGUAAAAAAUAAUAUUGUUAAAUAAUGAAAUGUUUAUUUCAAUCAUAACCAAUCGAAUUAAAAAGUAUAAAAAUUAACUGUCAAUUGAAGCAAACUUAAUAGUCUGUUUUUAUAUAAAUAGUUUUAAUGUUUUUAUUUUCAAACUCUCAAUGAAACUACAUUUCUAGCAGUCAGAACCACAAAUGACUAACUGGCCAAAGAACGCAGCCAUUCGUAAUUCAAAAAUUUUACUUGAAUAAAUAAAACGACAAGGCUAUCCAUCCAACUGAGCAAUUAAAAAAACUUAAAAAAUUUAAAAAUCUAGGAAUUUGUGGU